CUCCUAACUUUUCAACUACCUCGCAUUUAAACUUUCCUCAAUAACUAACAGCUCAAAGUGAGAAACUCUAGAAUGGUGGUUUUUGAAUAUAUGGAGUCCAGAGAAAAGCAAGAAGAAAACAGCAGCAGGAUAAGUGAUGAGGUGGGGAAGACAAAAAUAAGUCUCAUGAGAGCUUUACUUGAAAAACAAGAUGCCUCUUCAAAGGAAGUAGAUGAUCUGACGAUCAGAAGGUUUCUGCGAGCUCGUGACUUGGACAUAGAGAAAGCUUCUGCCAUGUUCCUCAAGUACCUGAAAUGGAGACGAAUGUUUGUUCCAAAUGGUUCCAUUUCUGCAUCAGAAGUCCCAAAUGAGAUCGCACAGAACAAGAUGUUUUUACAUGGAAGAGAUAAGAAAGGAAGACCAAUUACAGUUGUUCUUGGUGCUAGACAUUUUCAAAACAAAGGAGGUGUGGAGGAAUUCAAGCGCUUUUUAGUGUACGGUCUUGACAAAAUAUGUGCAAGGAUGCCUCCAGGACAGGAGAAGUUUGUCGUGAUUGGCGACCUUGAAGGCUGGGGAUAUGCAAACAGCGACGUCCAUGGAUACAUGGCAGCUCUAUCCAUUGUCCAGGACUACUACCCAGAAAGACUUGAAAAAUUGUUUAUUGUGCAUGCACCAUACCUGUUUAUGACAGUAUGGAAAAUCGUUUACCCUUUCAUUGAUAACAAAACCAAGAAGAAGAUAGUUUUUGUUGAGAACAAGAAACUGAAAUCAACACUGCUUGAAGAGAUCGAUGAGAGCCAGCUCCCGGUUAUUUAUGGAGGCCAACUACCUACGUCUGUGCAGAAUAAGGAAUUUGGGUGGGGCGGGUGACCAAAAAUCUCUGCAAAACUAAUAAACAGAGAUGGUAUGUGGAUCAAACCAUUUCAUUAGCAGAACUAGGAACAAUCUCAUGUGAAACGUUCACAUUACAAUUAUGAAUGUGACAAUAUCUGAUCAGGUGAAAUUUUUCACAUGUCAGAGACAAUAAAUUCUGUUUGUUUCA